UUGAAGGGGCGUAAAGAUUAUAUCGGUCUCUAGCUUCCAUGUCUUGCUAGUGCCAUUUCUUUCCCUCUUAUGCUAAAAGCAAAGAGUCGUUGUCGAAUUUCAUUAAUUCCAACCUUGCCUAUCUUUUGGUCAUAAUUUAUUGGCUUCUCCAGCGGUCUUAUCCAUUCUACUCAUUGACUCUUUCUUGACCAUAUUUUCCUAUGUCAGUCAUCAUAAGGGGGCAUAUAAACCUCUGCCGGGCUACACACGCCUUAUCGCCAACCUUCUUCAAGCUACAACACUAUUACCAAGGAAACUGGGAUCACCAAAAUCGAACGAGGGAAGACUUGGGUCUUCGUCGGGGGCGGCUGAUCUCCCUCUAGGUUGGAACUGUGCCUCCCACGAACCGGAAGCUCAAGUGUCCAGCUCAAAAAACAGUGAAGAAACUGAUCAUGGUGUUGAUGGCACAACAAGCGGGAGAGGAGACAGCCGAGAGUCUGAUAUUGGAACUGGAACAAAACCUGAGAGCGAGGGAGGAGCCCUGCGCAUACAGCGGCAGCGGAGAACCAAGAAGCGAGACAAUCAAAGAGGGACAUAGGGAUGCAGGGCAAUCGUCCCUCUUUGAGCUCGGCCCUCUAGACCCAAUUCUGAUCGUGAAACGGCCAGCCAAUAUUCCCCCCAGCACCCCAGCACCAGCACUGGAAGUCAAAUGGCACCUUUACAUGCCGCCUUAUUCGAAGGUUAUGUUAGGAAUGCCGAAUCUCGGCACCGUACUUAUACCUACCGACCCUGAUAUCCCGAAAUCUCUAGCUUCAAAGUAUUACACGCCGGCGCUGGACUUCCUGUGCCAAGGAGUACGAGAUACAGAGUCUGUGAUGAAGCACAGUGCUUUGUAUGAUUUCUCAGACAGUUUGAUUCGUGACUCACUGAGUCACUGGAGAACAGACCACUGCCUCGAUAUCUGAUCCAGCGGGUGGUCCAAUUGCUCUAUAUCCAAUCCAAUAUUCCAUUCAGAGCUGCAUUCAAAACUGCAAUCAAAAAGAUGAUGAGGAAAUGCGAAUAUAUGAAGGAGG